AUAAAUUUAUUACUACCUAGCUAUCAACUUACAGGGGUUCGAACAUAAAAUCAUAAGGGGGAAUUGCUAUCCAUCAUAUAUAUAACUAUGCGAUUUAUACACGCCGCUUUGCAUACAUAGUUAGAUACCUUAUUAGUUGGCCUUUGUUGCUCGGUUUCUGUUUGUCGGUCAGUCUUAAUAUCGUCACCGUAUAUUCUCCCUUUACGCUGCGUGGGAGCAAUUGAAACGAAAUUCUUGCCUCCCGGCGUGGACUACGGUCUAUUGAAGCCUAUUUCUCCUCGCGCGUAUACUUUCUAGCGUCACGGCGGUCUAGUCGGGUUGCAGACAUCGCCAUGUCUGACUCUACCGUCUCUACUGCCGACAAGAAGAAAAAGGCUCCCGGUGGGCGGCUGGACCUGCUUUGGGCCAUUCUGCCGAAACUUCCUUUGAUCGUUAAGGUCAUUCUGCUACAUGUCAUCGGCGGGUCCGAGACUUCUCGGUAUCGGGAUCUAAAGAGUGAAGUGACCAUCGCGGUCCUACGGUCAUUUGCUAACCCAUCGAACCCAAAACCUCUUUUCGCGCGUCAGGCUAUGACCUUGAAGGACCCCGGCGUCAAGGGCAAAUUGUGGGUCAGCACGGUGGCGUCUGAGCCCCCUCCCGAGCGAGGAAUUCGGGACGCUCUGCUAGCAGUCAUCGAUGCCUUGAACGAGCCCGGCGCAAGAGGUACGGAGCCGUCGUUCAAGAUACCCGAACUCGUUCCCGUCGAGGCUGAGUGGACGGGAUAUAGGGCUGCCGCGUCUAAGAAUUCGAAGCUUCCGGAGAUCUCGGAGGAGCAGAAGUACCGCGAGAUGAUGAAGGAGUGCAAGAAUUCGUCGACGAUUCUGUACUUCCACGGCGGGGCUUACUAUCUGUGCGACCCGUCGACACACAGGUUGCUGGUGAAGCGAUUGACCAAGCUGACGGGUGGCCGCGCGUAUUCGGUCAGGUAUCGACUCGCGCCACAAGACCCGUUUCCAGCUGCGCUAUUAGAUGCUUUUGUGUCUUACUUCACUCUUCUCUACCCGCCUCCCGGGUCGAUACACGAAGCUGUUGCUCCCGGGGAUAUUGUAUUCGGCGGCGAUAGCGCGGGCGGAAACCUCGCUCUAGCACUCCUUCGAACGCUAAUGGAGAUCCGACGCCAGAACCGCAAGAUCAAUUGGUUUGGAGAGGAGCGAGAAGUGCCCCUACCUGCCGGUCUUGCUAGCAUGUCUCCAUGGAUAGACAUGGUGCAGAGUCUGCCUUCGUUGGCUAGGAACCAAAAAUGGUGCUAUCUUCCUCCCCCAAAACUACUCUCGGAGCAUGAACCACCGGCGGAUAGCAUAUGGCCGACUAACCCACCUCGAAAACACGUUUACGUCGAUGACGACUAUAUGCUUCACCCGUUGGCUAGCUUACAGAUGGACAAUGGCACGUGGGAGGGCGCCCCGCCCAUGUAUAUAUCCUGCGGCUGGGAGACCCUCGAAGACGAGAUCAAGUACUUCGCAUCGAAGCUCACCAGGGACGGCGUAACGGUGGUGUUUGAGGAGUACCAAGCGAUGCCGCACGUGUUCGAGGGGCUUCUACCCACGCUCCCCGAGUCGCAACGUAACCGAGAGGGUUAUGCCAAUUUCGUCAAGGCCGUGUGCAAAGACCCGAAGAACAUCAAGUCGUCUUAUACGGCGAUCAAGGCCAAGACUCUAGAGGAAUUGGAAAUCAACGUGGAAAAACUUACCCCGUAUAGCGACGAGGAAGUAAAGGAGCUGGCUCGACAGAGGCUUUCCGUACAAGAAGCACCUGUUGUGCCGGCCCCUGAUGUGCCGGCAAAGUUAUGAGC